UGUCAGCCAUUUCCUCGAAGGGUCCGCCGCCAGUCGGUGAGUUUGCAGUUACAGGAGGAGGACGGACCCAGCUGGCCUCGCCUUCUCCGGGCUAGGAUUAGCAGACGAUAGUGUUCUCCUGUGAGGACGGUGCUCAGGUGGAUGAAAGCCUGUCUAACGGGCCUGUCAGCUCGGAAAACCCCGCUUGGUCUCCCCGGACAGGAGCGACUGAAGGCUUGGCUUUGCAGCAGCAGCAGCAGCCAUGGCUUUGAAGAUCGUUAAAGGGAGCAUCGAUCGGAUGUUCGAUAAAAACCUUCAGGACUUAGUACGUGGCAUUAGGAACCACAAAGAAGAUGAGGCCAAAUACAUCUCCACAUGCAUCGAUGAGAUCAAGCAGGAACUCAAACAGGACAACAUUGCCGUCAAAGCCAAUGCAGUGUGCAAGCUCACCUACUUGCAGAUGCUUGGAUAUGAUGUCAGCUGGGCUGCAUUCAACAUUGUUGAGGUGAUGAGCUCUUCUAAAUUCACCUACAAGCGAAUUGGUUACCUGGCUGCCUCACAGUGCUUUCAUGAAGGCACUGAUGUCAUCAUGCUGACAACCAAUCAGAUUCGCAAGGAUCUCAGCAGUCCAAAUCAGUAUGACACUGGCGUGGCUCUGACUGGCCUCUCCUGCUUCGUGACCCCUGACCUGGCCCGUGACCUAGCCAACGACAUUAUGACUUUGAUGUCCCACACUAAGCCAUACAUUAGGAAGAAGGCUGUGCUUAUAAUGUAUAAAGUGUUCCUGAAGUACCCCGAGUCCCUGCGCCCUGCCUUCCCCCGUCUCAAAGAGAAACUGGAGGACCCUGACCCAGGUGUGCAGUCAGCAGCAGUUAAUGUCAUCUGUGAGUUGGCCAGAAGAAACCCCAAGAACUACUUGUCCUUGGCCCCUCUUUUCUUUAAGCUGAUGACCUCCUCCACCAACAACUGGGUCCUCAUCAAGAUCAUCAAACUGUUUGGUGCCCUCACCCCUCUGGAGCCUCGUCUAGGGAAGAAGCUGAUUGAGCCCUUAACUAACCUCAUCCACAGUACCUCGGCCAUGUCACUGCUGUAUGAGUGUGUAAACACAGUGAUAGCAGUGUUGAUUUCUCUGUCCUCUGGGAUGCCCAACCACAGUGCUAGCAUUCAGCUCUGUGUGCAGAAACUGCGAAUCCUGAUCGAAGACUCGGACCAGAACUUGAAGUACCUGGGUCUGCUGGCUAUGUCCAAGAUCCUUAAGACGCACCCGAAGUCCGUGCAGUCACACAAGGACCUGAUCCUGCAGUGUCUGGAUGACAAGGACGAGUCCAUCCGACUGAGGGCACUGGAUCUUCUCUAUGGCAUGGUCUCUAAGAAGAACCUGAUGGAGAUUGUAAAGAAGCUGAUGCUGCAUGUAGAUAAGGCUGAAGGCACCACGUAUAGGGAUGAGCUGCUAACCAAGAUAAUUGACAUUUGCAGCCAGAGCAACUACCAGUACAUCACUAACUUUGAGUGGUAUAUUAGCAUUCUGGUGGAGCUAACACGGCUUGAGGGCACCCGGCAUGGUCAUCUCAUUGCCUCUCAGAUGCUGGAUGUGGCCAUCCGUGUGAAGGCCAUCCGAGCAUUUGCUGUGGCUCAGAUGGCCAUGCUGUUGGAUAACGCACACCUGCUGACAGGCAACAUGCAACGCAAUGGCAUCUGCGAGGUCCUCUAUGCUGCCGCAUGGAUCUGCGGGGAAUUCUCUGAGCAUCUGGAAGACCCCAUGCAGACACUGGAGGCCAUGUUGCGGCCCAAAGUGGCAACUUUGCCAGGCCACAUCCAGGCUGUAUAUGUGCAGAAUGCUGCGAAGCUAUUUGCAACAUUGCUGCAGAAACAUGAGGGGACAGAAGACAGCCAGGUUGCCCAGGAGGCUAGCCAACUGCUCAUAGAGAGACUGCCUCUGUUCGUCCAGAGUGCUAACCUGGAAGUGCAGGAGAGGGCAUCCUGUAUUCUACAGCUGGUGAAAUAUAUUCAGAAGCUGCAGCAGAAGGAUGUGGAAGUAGCUGAGGAGGUAUCUGCACUAUUUGCAGGAGAACUUAACCCUGUGGCUCCUAAAGCUCAGAAGAAAGUGCCUGUGCCUGAAGGACUGGACCUGGAUGCCUGGAUCAAUGAACCUCCAUCUGAGAGCGAGUCUGAGGAUGAGAAGCCCAAGACUUUGUUUGCUAAAGAGGAGACCAAGCACUCUCGACCUCGCCACACUGAAGUGGACGAGAAAGAGCUGGCAAGGAGAAGGGAAGCCAGGAAGCAGGAACAAGCCAACAACCCCUUCUACAUUAAAUCCUCUCCAUCCACUCAGAAGGUGUAUCAGGACGCGCCAGGUGUAGAGCACAUUCCAGUGGUACAGAUUGACCUCAGUGUGCCACUCAAGGUCCCAGGGAUGCCCAUGUCUGACCAGUACCUGAAGCUGGAGGAGGAGCGUCGGCAGAAGGAGAAGGCCGAGAAGAAGAAGAAAGAGAAAAAGAAGAAGAAAGAGAAGCGUGGGAAGGGGAAGAGAGAUGACUCGGGACCUGAGAGUGAGGAAGAUAUCACACCUGCUCACCAGGUGGACAUCGUCACUGAGGAGAUGCCAGAGAAUGCCUUACCAAGUGAUGAUGAUGACAAAGACCCCAAUGAUCCACAUAAAGCUCUGGACAUCGAUUUAGACAAGCCCCUGGCAGACAGUGAGAAGCUGCCGGUGAGGACACACCGCCCUGAGGUUGUUAAGAGCCCUGGGGCAGAUGAAGACGGAGAGGGUUUCCAUCAGGAGCCUAAGAAGAGGAGCAGCAAGGAGAAGAAAGAGAAGAAGAAGGACAAGGAUAAGGACAGGAAGAAGAGCAAAGAGGAAGAGAAGAAGAAAAAGAAGAAGAAACACAAAAAUGAUGUGGAGGAAGAACCAGUGGAGCCUCACUCAGAAAAUCCAGUGCAGUUAGAAGAGACCAGUGUGGUGGCGGCCCCACCUACCUCCACAUCUGCCGAGGCCUCCGAUUUGGAUUUCUGGCUCUCUAGUGCUCCUGUUCCCCAACCUGCCAAGGAGGCAGCGGUUCCACCAUCAGCCCCAGCCCCAGCCCCUGAGACAAGUGUAGCUGCAGCCCCAGAUUCUGAAUCAGACGAGCCCAAAGAUGAAGAACCCGAAGAGAUGAAAUCAUCUAAACAUAAGAAGAAAAAGCAGAAGAAAGAAAAGGAAAAGGAUGAAAAGGAGAAGAAGAAGAAAAAGCGCCAUCAUCACCACCACCACCACCACCACAGUGAGGGAGACGGGAGGGAUUCGGUACAGAAUGGCACAGUGGAGGAGGAGGAGCCUCUACCGCCCAUGUCAAACUACUGUCUCCUGGCUGAAAACACAUACAUUAAAAUGAUGAAGGAGGAUGCUGAUCAGGUGUACGAUAUUCAGGGAAAUUUGCAGGAUGGCAGUCAGGUCGUGGUGUCUGUCAUCUUUGAGAACAAGAGCAACAGUUUCCUCAAGUCCAUGGAGUUCAAUGUGCUGGACUCCCUCAACUCAAAGCUACAGCGGCCGGAUGGAGCUGGACCCCAUGAUGGGCUCGUCGUGCCCUUCCAGCUGCCGCCAGGGGUGUCAAAUGAGGCCCGUUUCGUGUUCUCAGUGCAGAGCAUUGUCAUGCCUCAGAAACUGAAGGGGACCCUCACCUUCAUAGUAAAGUCGGAGGAGUCCUCAACUCAUGAGAAACUGGACUUCAAACUGCACUUUACCUGCACAUCAUACCUAAUCACAACUCCAUGCUACAGCGAUGCCUACGCCAAGCUGCUGGAGUCUGGGGACCUAAAGAGCAGCUUUCUGAAGCUGGAGGGAGUCAACAUGCCUUUCCACCACCUGUUGGCUAGAAUCUGCUUCCAUCACCAUUUCUCUGUUGUGGAGAGGAUCGACUCGUGUGCCUCCAUGUACAGCAGGUCAAUCCAGGGUCACCAUGUCUGUUUGCUGGUCAAAACCGCUGAUCAGACAGUCUCCAUUGAUGCUAAAUGUGAUGAGCCAUCACUGCUGGGGAAUGUGCUGGAAGAGAUAAAGCAGACCUUCUCACAAUGCUGAUUGUGUCUGAGAGACCAACGGUGCCCUUGACCUCCCUCUCCCAUGCCCUCUUGCUGAAUCUGACACUCAGAAUCAUAUCACAAACACUGAGGCUGGUUUCUCCCUCGUCUCUACCUACCUUAUAUUUAUUGGAACUCUCGACUCGAUUUAUCUUUCUCUUGUAUUCCUCUCUCUUUUUUUUUUCUUUCUAGUCUUCGUGUGUCAGCCUCAGUCUGGUGUUCGAUCUCACUAACCUUCCUUCAGUUUAUUAACUGGAUUUAUUUGUUGUUUUAAUGUUGGUUGAUACAUUUUUUUUGUAUUGUGUUGCAUUUUGUUUGUUGCUUUCUUUCAUUUUGGUGUUCUCUCUGCGUCUUUGUUGAAUCUUCGAAUUAAACUUGAGUUUAGUGUCUUCCUCCUCAGUCAGUCUGUGUGCGUGUGUCUGUGUGCGUGUGUCUGUGUGCGUGUGUCUGUGUGCGUGUGUCUGUGUGCGGGUGUCUGUGUGCGGGUGUCUGUGUGCGGGUGUCUGUGUGCGGGUGUCUGUGUGCGGGUGUCUGUGUGCGUGCCUCUGUCUGUGUGUUUGUCUGUCUGUGUCUUUCUUUCUCUCUCGGUUGAAACUCUUUUCCGGAGAGCAUUCAAAACUUCAUUUUUUUAGUUUUAUGCCUGAAGCCCUGCCCAUCUUUUGUCCUAGCCACCAACCAAAUUUUAAGUUCAACACCCAAGUAGCUGUAAUACACAAGCCUUGGAAUCAUGGUUCCAAAAGUGUAGACUAGUGCACUUUUUGAUUGAAAAUCUGGUUAGUUCUGGGACCACAUUUCAAUUCACUUGGACUUGUUACCAACAUAACUAAUGACUCAGUGGAGUUUUUAAGUAAUGGAUGACUGAUACAGAUGUAUAAUUCUUCUGUCUUUACACUGACAGAAUAAAUCAAACACAACACUGUUACUCUUAUAUUAGAGUUUUCCACAUUAUUGUAAUGCACACAGCUUUACAAGUUUACUACACACUAAAAGAUGCUGUGGAGGUUUGCAAUUAAUGAACAGUAUAACUAACAUAUGGGAGAAUUAUUUACUAAGGGAAUUAGUCCUGCUCGCUGCUUGCUUAACAUCAUAACAAGAAACCAGAUAAAUGUCUCUUUUAGAAGGCUCCACAAUCAUUAUGAAGGAUUUCGAACUCUAACAAAUCAGUGACCAAACCAAAAGUAUCAGAUGAAAUCAUUUCUUCAGUCAGUAUUGUAUUUAGUGGUUACUUGUAUCUCUCUCUCUCUCUCUUUAUGGUAAGCUGCAUAUCUUUCUGAGAUGUGCCUGCCACCUCACCUUUUGCCUGUCACUUUUACUUCCUGUGAACUGGACGAAGGCCAGACUCAUGUCUGUGUUUGUCUGUUCUCCUGCUGCUUUGUUCACUUGGCGAUUGUGCUGAAUUUUUUUUCCAUAUUUUUCCCUUCCAUAUACCUUUUCCCACUCUAAUGUACUGACUAAUCAAAGAACCUGCUCAAAUGUAAUUCCUAGUUUUGUUCACCUGGUCCAGCACUCUGUAGCACACAUUUGUAACAUCCAGCUGAAACAGGAGGCUUCUCUUCUGUUUGAUUGAAAAGCGCUAUUUAGCAUUUAAAUGACUAACUAUCAGUCAGUCGUUUAAGGCAAAAAGCUUCUAAUACAGUUGAAGGCAAAUGCUGGCCAAAAAAGAUCCAGGCUGUGUUCAUAUAAAUGACCAACCAGUUAGGCGUGUUCCCCUCUAAAGUGUGCAUAUUUCCAUGAUCAUGAGCAGUGUGAAUGCAACCUGUGGUGGUGUGUCUGCAUGGAAAGUGUAAACUAUAUGAACACAGGCUAAACCAUGACACACAAGGAGAAGCAACUGUAAUUAUUUUUUUUAAGAAGACAGAUUUUCUGUGCAAAGUUCAUUUCAAAUUAAUCUUGCAUGAGUAGAAAUUUAUAAUUUUGUUCUUUUUGUCUGUGUCUAAGGACAUGCAUACACACCAUCCCUAGCAUUCCUUUUUGUUGCUCUUCCUAGUUUUCUUUUAUAUAUAAAUAUAUACAGUAUAUUAAGUGUAAGUUGGCUUCAUCAUACUACACUUUGGAUUGUAUAAUGUAUUUUUAUCUGUUAAGAGUACAUACAAUUUAGAAAAAUCUUGGAAUGGUUUUAAACCUUAAGUUUUGCAUUAAAUUAUCUUAUUAGAAGGCUGGGUUUUGUUAAUGUUAAAGACGCUGAGAUAGGGUGUAACCAGCUCAUAAAACAGUCCACGUACUGACUCCCUCAUCCCCUCCCGUCCAACGCCAUCUUCCCCGGUCAACUGUAGCGCAAAUCUUGCUGGAUUUUGCUUGUAUCACUCAAUGUACUCUCAGUGCUCUUCGUUCGAAGGUACUGACUCCUUCAACUAUGUAUUUUCUGACUGUAUGAUGUAAUAUAAUGUUUCAAGAAUAAAUGAGAAUGACCAGUGAUUUGCUAUUUACAUUCCCUUUAACUGAGAGGUUUACCCAGCAGAAUUAUGAUAGACGUAGGCUGCUGUAGUUUUCUUUUGUUGUGUGAAGGUGGUGUACCAAUAAAUUCCCACUUCUGAACAA